AAGCCCAAGACCCUGAUACGGAGAAUCGUAUCAAUCCUCAAUGACAGAAAUCGAAGAACAGGUGGUAAUUCCGACGUCAGUAGCCAACGAACUUGGGUAUCUCUCGAUAAGGGCUAUCAAACGCUUCACGAUUUCAGGCGCGGCCACCAUGAUAGUGAGAUGUUGGACUAGUGGUUUGAUGGUUGGUUUGCUACAGUCGCAGAGGCAGGGAAGCCAUCGACGAAGGAAAUAAUGAUAGUGGUAGAUCAUGGUCAGCCGUGUAAUCUGGGGGGGGGAGGACUCAGAAGCGGGGUAUAUGGAUUUUUGGAUCGUCAAAAUACUCAACGUAGA